AUGAAGAAGCUCGUGAUCAAGCCGUUCCGUCAGCACUUGGGCAUGGACCACACGCGUGCGCAGGAGAUCUGGACGUCGCUCCGCACGGCCAUCUACGAGAUCUUCUCGCACAACGCGAGUCUCUUGUCCUUCGAAGAGCUCUACCGCAACUCGUACAACCUCGUGCUGCACAAACACGGCGACGUGCUGUACAACGGCGUCGUGGGCGUCAUCACGGAGCACUUGGAGACGGUCGCGGACCACGUCGCUGCCGUGACGGACGAUCUGCUGCUCGUCACGCUCAACCAGCAGUGGCUCGACCACCAGCUUGUCAUGACCAUGGUGCGGGACAUCCUUAUGUAUAUGGACAGGACGUACGUGACCCAGAAGCGCAAGGUGCCCGUGUACGACACUGGGUUGUACAUUUUCCGGGACGUGAUCGUGCGGCACGACAGUGUGCGGGACCGAUUACGGACGCGAUUGCUCUAUAGUAUUGAGCGUGAGCGACAGGGGGAGUUGAUUGAUCGAGACUUGAUGAAGAGCGUGCUCCGCAUGCUCGUGGACCUUGGCGUGCACUCGAAUUCCGUGUACGAACAUGACUUUGAAAAAGCGUUCCUGGAGACGACGCUCGACUUUUAUCGAGCAGAAGCCCAGACGAUGCUUGACGUUGCAACGUGUCCCGAGUACUUGGAGAAAGCUGAGCAACGACUGCAUGAAGAAGGGGCGCGGGUAUUGCAGUACCUGAAUGUCUCGACGGAGCACAAGUUGAAGACGAUUGUCGAGACGCAGUUGAUCAAAAACCAGGCCAAAGCACUGGUGGACAUGGAGCAAUCGGGAUGUAUUGCCCUUUUUCGAGAUGGAAAGACACUGGCACUGCGCAGGAUGUACUCGUUGUUUCGACGAGUGCCGAGCACGUUGCUGGAAAUGAGUGACUCUGUGUUGCAGUAUAUUAAAACUCAUGGCGAGGAAAUUGUGAAGACGCAGCUGUGUCCCGAGACAGCAAUGGAUGCAUCGCAGUUUGUGGGCAAACUGCUUGGUCUGCGUGAAAAGUUUGUGAUGUUCUUGGCUGACUGCUUUUUUGACGACCCGCAGUUUCAUAAGUCAAUUAAACAGGGAUUUGAGGCGUUUAUGAACACGAACACAGUGUGUGCUGGAUACUUGGCACACUAUCUGGACGAGUUGCUGCGCUCAAAGAAUCGAUUCGAAGAAGAAAUGGACACUCGCGUAAGCCACGUGAUUGCGCUGUUCCGGUAUCUACAGGAUAAAGAUGUUUUUGAGGAGUUUUACAAGGUGCUGCUUGCCAAGCGUCUCUUGAAUAGUCGUGGCAGCUCGGAUGAGGCAGAAAAGCUGGUGAUUUCGAAGCUGAAAGCCGAAUGUGGUUACCAGUUUACAUCGAAACUCGAGGGUAUGUUUAAGGAUAUGAGUAUAUCGAAAGACCUUAUGGAGCUGUACCGAAAGUCGGGCUACGAUACUAAAUGUAGCGGUGUCGGCGUCGACACAUCCAUCGCGCCGGUGCCGCUAUCGGUCCACGUACUCACGAGCGGGUUCUGGCCCACGGAGAUGGUUCCUUCGUGUGCUCUUCCACCCGAGCUUGUUCAGCUGACGGAGGUGUUCGAGUCUUUCUAUAACGCGCGGCACAAUGGUCGUAAACUGGCUUGGAUGACAAACAUGGGUACCGUUGAUAUUCGUGCCACGUUUACGGCGGGCGUCGAGGAUCCUAAGCGUCGCCACGAGCUAAAUGUGUCCACGUAUCAAGCCGUCAUCUUGAUGCUGUUCAACCAGCGUUCUCAGUGGCGCUUCAAAGAGCUGGUCGAGUGCACGCGAAUUGAUGCAAAGGACCUCAAGCGGCAUUUGAUUUCUCUCUGUACGCCCAAGUACAAGAUUCUGAUCAAGAGCUCGAAGGGAAAACGUAUCGAUGAGGAGAUUGACGCGUUUACAGUGAAUGGUGCGUACAAGUCGAAACUGCACCGUGUACGGAUACCUCUAGUAUCACAAAAGGAGACGUCACUGUUGCCUGCCAUGGCAUUAAGUUCAAGCAAUCGCGAGGCAUUACCACCUACGGUGGCCGAAGAUCGGAAGCAUCUCGUCGAGGCAGCAAUCGUGCGUAUCAUGAAGACGCGCAAGCAGAUGCCACACAAUCAGCUCAUUGCCGAAGUCACGCGUCAGAUGACAAAUCGAUUCACACCGUCUCCACAGCUCAUCAAGCUGCGCGUUGAGAGUCUCAUCGAGCGAGAGUACCUUCAGCGCAGCACGACAGACCGAAGGAUGUACAACUAUUUAGCGUGA